UGGCACUGAAUAAAUAGUAGGCUAAUCAGCCUGGCACCACUCACUGGCUGCCACACAGACGACAAUUCUAGCGUUUGAGACUGACGAGAAGGGCAAGAAGUUUAGUGCUACCCUUCCCUGGUUUGUUAGGGUGCGCAUAGCAUCGACUCCACACGGACUCAAUUUUGAAAGUGUUUUCAGAGAUUUAAGAUGAAUCUGAACUAUACAUCCCCCAUGCCUCAGAUGCCAGCCCAGAGGUCAACGUCGUUCUUCAUCGAAGAUAUUUUAUUACACAAACCCAAGCCUCUGAGAGAGGUCUUCCACUCGCCGUUCUCAAGCUCUCUGGCGUCCCGAAUGCCUCUCCUAGAAUAUGGAUACCCACUGAUGCCCACUCCGAUACUAGCGCAUCACCCGCACCAUCCUCUACAAAAACUGGACCAUCACCAGUAUUUCUUUACGUCUGGGAUGCAAAUGCCGGCUUUAUUUCAGCAUCAUCCAGAGUUACCCGGCAAGCAUUGCAGACGCAGGAAGGCGAGAACGGUUUUCUCGGAUUCUCAACUAUCUGGUCUUGAAAAGAGAUUUGAGAUACAACGGUACCUAUCCACGCCAGAACGAGUGGAGUUGGCAACAGCGUUAAGUCUCUCGGAAACCCAGGUGAAAACAUGGUUUCAAAACAGAAGGAUGAAGCAUAAAAAGCAACUGAGGAAAACACAAGAUGACCAGAAAAAUCCGAAUGAUUUAGAUAGAUCCAUGGAUAACGCAAGUGAGAGUGAACUCAACGAAAAAAAUACAGAUGAUGUUAACCGUGGAAUCGAGCCGAACUCGUACAUUUUGGAAAAUGAGGACGAUGUUGAUAUCGAGGAUGACAUUUGCUCGCCAGAACCUUCACUAUAGAGCAAGUGGCAAGUUGUUUUAAAAACAAAUAACCAUGACCCAUUGUAAAUGUAAAUAUUGAAUUGUGUCUUUUCCAUAUGAAAUUAUAUAUAGCUUUUUUUAAACAAAUCAUUGAUAAUAAUGCAAAGUAGUAUUUAUUCAAGGAUAUGCGUAAUAUGUCACUACACAUUCAUUUUAGGCUCUGUCUAUAUUUAUGUUUUCCGUGACUGUAAAAUGCAUUCAUAUCAAACAACUGUACAUACAAAAUAUAAUCUGAAGCAAUGCUCAUUAUUAGGAAGUUAUUAAUAAUAUUAUUAUUAGUAUGACUAUUAUCUUUGAAUCAAAAGUCAAACAAAAACCAGACAUCUUAAUUUAAAGAUUUUUUUUAUUGUUUAAAGCCACAAGGUGAAUAUUUUGCGAGAAAAUCUUUGAGAAACAUUUAUAUAUAACUACUUUGAUAAACAAAAUCAACAUCUCAAUUGCAGCAUGUCACAUUUUGAACCUAUCUUUUUGCACUUUCGUUCAGGUAGCCUAAUGAAAGAUGUUGCAGCACAUGCCCUUUGAAGUGUUAUUGGUUUACUAUUAAAACGUGCAUGAUAACAAGAGCUACUUGUUUAUUUAGCCUGUACCAUUUCCCGUUUACGUUAGUUGGUUUUAUUAUUAGGCAAAGGGAUUAAAGUUUCACUUUCCUGUAAACUUGGAUGAAUUGACCAAUGUUUCAAUUUAAUGCCAGUUAAUACUUUAUUAGUUCGUUAUUAAUCAAUAAUUAUAUCUUUAUAGGACACUGGAGAUUUAACUAGAACAUAUAUUUGUAUUUAAUUUAAAUAGUUUUAUAGGAAUACUCAUACUUUUGAAAAGCAAUAUGAUUGUCUGUCCGGUUCUACGACCUCUUUUUUACUUCAAUAAUAAUAGCAUCUUCAUUUGAAUUAAUUAUGGUUAUAAUAAUAUUUUUAAGUAGGUUAUUAUUUUGCAUAGGCCUAUCCGCAUUAAUGUCUUAGAAAAUGCACCUUCCGUAUCUAGAGAAGAGAUCAGUUGUAAUAGCUUUUUACUAACAUAACCCACCUAUUAAAGAACCAGGAGCCAUUUAGCUGUGGAGGUAAUGUGAAUCUGAGGCUGCCUGUUUAAUGUUGCUCAUGCGGUUGUAAACCUUGGUAGGUGGGACCACGCUGAGUGAGGAAUACAAUAAAGACUUCCCCAUACUAGAACAAAUAGUUGUUACAUGUAACUUGGAGGAAGCUAUUCAUAAACAUUCUCAUGACUUUUAUUCAACUUCAGUUAUUCUGCCACUGGAUCACCAAAUGUCUUAGCAGAAAGAGAAGUGCACCACUGACUCAAGCAGUCGACUCAAAACAACAUGGACCACUCACAUGGACCACUGGGGAUAUUUGGACAGAUAUUUAAGUCUAAUGUGUGCAUAAUGUUGUUGACAUUAAAAGUAAACCAACCCAUCGUUGGUCUUUGCCUCUCCGUGGUAGAAUAUUACUCGAAAGUUGUUGCCAAAAGGAAUGAAUCGUUUGC